AUGACGUCACCGACGCCGAUGAUGUCACUGACGUCGAUGACGUCACCAACACCAAUGACAUUGAUGCCAACGACAUCACCCGACAUUGAUGCCAACGAUGUCGCCGACACUGAUGACGUCACCAACGCCGAUGACGUCACCAACACCGACAUCGAUGCCGAUGAUGUCACCGAUACCAAUGACAUUGAUGACGAUGACGUCACCAACAUUGAUGACGUCACCGACACCAACGACAUCGACACCGAUGACGUCACUGACGCCAUGAUGGCACCAACACCGAUGAUGUCACCAACGGCAACCCCGAUGACGUCACCAAUGCCAAUGAUGUCACCAGCGCCAAUGACGUCACCAACCCCGAUGACCUCCCUGACACCGAUGACCUCACCAACGCCGAUGACCACCGAUGACCUCCCUGACACCGAUGACCUCACCAACACUGACGUCCCCAACCCUGAUGACCUCCCUGACACCGAUGACCUCACCAACACCGAUGACAUCACCAAUGCCAAUGACGUCACCAAUGCCAAUGACGUCACCAACCCCGAUGACCUCCCUGACACCGAUGACCUCACCAACGCCGAUGACGUCACCAACACCAACGACGUCAACACCGAUGAC